AGCUAGUUACGUCAGUUGUGUAACAUCCACUUUAUGAAGCGAAAGCGUGUAGACGAAUGGGGUGACUUCCUCAGUUAAUUUUUUGGGUAAAUUUAGUCAGCGAUCUGAGAAGAGUUUGAUUUUUAGCUCCAACAUGGGUUAUUUGUGAUCCUGAUAAUUUGCCACGCGUUGACUGGUUUGCAUUGUUCCUCUCCGUUGUAGACAGAACAAAGAUAGUGCUAGAUAGCUAUAAAAUUCAGGUGGCUCAGAGCACUUUUGUGUGGGUUAAGUAUGGCGAAGGGUGGUGGAUGGUGGCAAGAGAAGUCCCUCCCUGGCAAGAGUGGGAUUGAACUGGCUAACACCAGUGGUUUGAGUACUGUGUCCAGGCCACCUGUCACUAUUCGACUGGGGGAAAUUUUGAAGCCAGAGGCAGAGAGAAAACCUGUCAAGAUCCGACCACCCAGCCCAAGGACACCCCCACCCAGGGAGGCUGUUUUUGGGCGGAGUCUUUCCGUUGAGCCCACACCCAAACCCAUCAUACGGAGACGUGCACAGUCCCUGCCCUCUACCAGGGAGCAAAGGAGAAGAUCCACCAGAAUGCAGGUGCGUUUUGUGGACUCUCUGGGCUUGGAUCUGGAGGAUGUUAAGGUAUUCAAAGCUGGCGAAGACCCCUUAGUGCCUCAGCAUGUCAUCUCCAGGCUUCUAAUGAACUCCGAGCUGGCUUCUGGCAAGCACUUGGAAAUUUCUUUGCCCUAUUUUAAGCCCGCAUUCCCUGAGAAUCUGGGAGAACAGCCAAAUUUUUUGAACAUUCUGUGUCGUCAGCAGGUGUGCCUGGAGCGGGUCCUGUGCUCUGAAUUGGGCAUCACUGGCACUGCACAAGUCCUCAACUUGGCCUUUGAGAAAGAGGUCAUGGUGCACUACUCUUUCACCAACUGGAGGAGCAAAGGAGACUCAAAGGCAAGCUGGGUGUCCUCUGUUGUUAGGAACCGAAUGGCCGGCGAGCCAGACUCAGAUAUUUUUCGUUUCCGCCUGCCAGUUCCACCCUUCAUCCUGCAGCCUGGAGCCCUCCUGGAGUUUGCCAUUUGCUUCCAAGUGGGGGGCUCUGAAUUCUGGGACAACAAUAAUGGACAAAACUACAAGCUGACCUGCCACAGCUACAAACUAACCGUCCCCAGGGAGUGUGAGGAUAGCAUGGUGCACUUCAUAUGACUGGCCACUAGGUGCUGUCAAGCACAAAUUUCCUCAGAUAUCACUGAAUAAAUGAGCUAGAUGACACUUUUCCAUAUCUACUGUACGUGUACCUGGACUGUACAUGUCCUUCAACAUGAACUUGCUGUGCAGAAAGCAACAUAUGCACUUUUUGUGAAAAUAUUUUGAUUUUUACAGGCAGUUUCUUAACCAUCUCUCAGCUGUUUCUUUUUCUUUGUGGAAAAAAAUGGCUUUUGCAAUUUAGAUUAUAAUUCAGUAUUAUUUUGAUAUUGAUCAGACUGCUUCUCAAUCUGUUGCUAAAAUGAAAAGUUGGUUUUAAAUUCUGGAACUUUAUAUAAUUCCAUUUUAGAUUUUGUACUGUCACUGAAAAUCUCAGCUUUUCUCUUAAGUAAAUCUAUGUAAAUACUUAAAAAAUCAAAUUAAUUUGCAACUAUACACAUCAAUAUACUUACAUUUGAAGCAUGUCACUUCUGUGAGCUGCUGCAGUGAUUUAUAGUUAGGUUUUUAAAAAGAAAGUUUUAUAUGUUUUGUAAAAUAACAUGAUUGACUGUAUUAGGCCUAUUCUAAAUGGUCAAGUACCAUACAUCAUGUAUAAUUCCCCAUCACACACAGACAUGGAAUGGUAUAUAGUGUAAUGCCCUUGUGUGUUCUACUCUAGCACAGUACUUUGGGAGGAGAAUAUGGUGAAAUGCAAGAAUCUGAAACUCUAAUUACAAUUCUGAUUGUUGUUUGCUUGGUAAAUGUGUUAGAUUUUGGUCCAGUAACACUUUCAGAGUAAAUUAAAUCUGUCUCUUACAAAAGCAUAAUUCUUAAACAUUUAUGUUUGCUGUACUGGUUUGGAAUUAUAGACUUAGGCCUACUAUUUAAUAGAUGCCAUUCUGUUGCUUUUGCAGACGCUUUUUCUCUAAAUGGCACCCAUUAAACAUGUUUUUGUUAGUG